GAACGUUUGCGAACGGGAAGGAGAGGUGGGGACGGACUUCAACAUCACAACUCUUAUUUACAGUAGGAGGAAGUUUCGCCAAACUUCUUGGUAAAAAAAAAAAUUAAAAUAAAUAAGACAAACAGGUAGGACGUACAGCAUACCUAUCUCUUUCCUGUAAAUCCAGUUAUUACGCAACAUAAGAACAUAUUAAAGUGACCUGAAGCUAAAUCGAAGAAAGUGGUAGAAGAACUGCUGGUCCCAGUCCAGUGAUGUCUUCCCCGUGGUGGGAGCUGUGGCCCCUGCCGGGCACAAAUACCUCUAACAACAGCUUUUUUGACAAUACCACCUGCUUCAGCUCCCAGCACACCACCGUUCUCGCAGGACUCGAAUUUGGAGGAGUGCCACUUGUCCUGCUGAUCAACUUCCUUUCCUUUCUUGUGCUGUUGCUGAUCUUCGCCAUUAUCAGGGAGAAGUUCUGGGACUAUGGGCGUUUAGCGCUGGUUGCAGACAAUGAAGGGUUCACCGGGUCAAGACACCGUCGUUAUGGGCGUACGUCGUCAACUGUGUCCAACACCGAUGACCCUGACUAUGAAUUGGGAUUCUGCUCUUGGCUGCCUUACAUCAUCCAAAUGGAUGAGGAAAAGGUGAAAGCCAGGUGUGGCAUGGAUGCUGUCCACUACCUCUCCUUCCAGCGUCAUCUGAUUGUCCUGCUGGCAGUCACCACAGUCGCCUCCCUCGCGGUCAUAAUGCCCGUCAAUAUGACUGGAGACCUGCUGCAAAAUAGUCAUCAGGGAUUUGGAAGGACAACUAUCGGGAAUCUUCCAACGGACAACAACUUGUUAUGGCUGCACACGGUGUUCGCCGUUCUCUACCUGGCCCUGACGGUCGCGCUGCUUCGAAGAUACACUUCAAAAAUGAAGGGCAUUCCCAGAGAGACAGCCAGAAACACCUUGUUUGUGUGUUCGGUCCCUAAAACAGCAACGGCAGAGGAUGUAAAGACCCACUUCACGGAGGCGUAUCCUAGCGUUCAAGUGUGUGCUGUGACCUUGGGCUAUAACGUUGCCAAACUCAUGCACCUUGAUAAGGAGAGGAUGCGAGCAGGAAAAAACCUGUAUUACUAUGAGCGUGUUCUCGAGAAAACCGGGGAUCGAAAAUUGAUCAGCCCCCGCUUGUGCGGUUGCGCCUGUUGCUGCAGCAGCUGUGAGAGGGUUGAUGCUAUUGAGUACUACAAUGCGAAAGAGAAAGACCUGCUGGAAGAGGUCAGGAAGCAGACUGAAUCAGUGCCAGAGAAUCCCUUGGGGAUCGCCUUCGUCACUUUAGAGAAUGAAGCCAUGGCCAAGUACAUUUUGAAAGACUUCAAUGCACUCAAGGGAGGCAGCCCGAACUGCUGCUGCUGCUGCGGUAGAGAGCCUCAGCCCUCGUCCAAUAGCAAAGCUCUGAAAGUCAGGAAAUGGCGGGUCAGCUUUGCGCCACAUCCCAAAAAUGUGUUUUGGGACAAUCUCUCGGUGCAGGGUAUUUGCUGGUACAUCCGCUACGUGAUGCUGAACCUCUUCCUUUUCAUCAUACUCACCCUCCUCACGACUCCCACCAUCAUCAUUAGCACUAUGGACAAGUUCAACGUGACAAAGCCCAUCCAGUAUCUUAACAGCCCCAUCAUCAGUCAGUACUUCCCCACUCUCCUGCUGUGGACCUUCUCUGCGUUGCUGCCCACAAUAGUGUAUUAUUCUACCCUAGCAGAGGCCCACUGGAGCAGAUCCAGCGAGCAGCUGAGCAUGAUGCAGAAGUUGUAUUUCUUCCUCCUCUUCAUGGUGCUUAUUCUGCCCUCGCUCGGACUCACCAGUCUUGCAGCAUUUUUUCGCUGGUUGUUUGAAAAACAGAUAGAUGGAGGGCAGCUAAGGUUUGAGUGUGUGUUUUUACCUGACCAAGGGGCAUUCUUCGUCAACUACGUGAUCACAGCGGCCCUGCUAGGCUCUGCGAUGGAGCUGUUGCGGUUGCCGGGGUUACUGCUGUACACCAUUCGUUUGAUUUUCGCUCACUCUGCUGCUGAGAGGAAAUAUGUCAAACAGAAUCAGGCCUAUGAGUUUGAGUAUGGAGCCAUGUAUGGUUGGAUUCUGUGCGUGUUUACCGUCAUCAUGGCUUACAGCAUCAUUUGUCCUGUAAUUAUGCCUUUCGGUCUCCUGUACAUGCUUCUGAAGCACAUGGUGGAUAAACACAACCUGUACUUUGCCUACCUGCCUGCUCAGCUGGACCGACAGGUCCACCUGGCGGCUGUCAAUCAAGCUCUGGCCGCACCCAUCAUCUGCUUAAUUUGGCUUUACUUCUUUUCCGUCCUCAGAGCAGGUUUCUGGACUUCAACAUCUCUGUUCACCCUGGUGGUCCUGUGUCUCACUGUCCUCAUCUGUCUCAGCUAUGCCUGCUUUGGUCAAUUUAAGUACCUCAGUCCACACAACUAUAAUGCCAAAGAGGAGGACAAGGAUAAAGUAGAAGGGGUGGAAGAAAACACUAUGAUUUACCUUCCCAGAGUGCUUAAUCCACAGUCACCUGCCGACAACCCACCAGGACCUAAACAGCCCAAGUCUUAUGGCUCUACAGAGGAAAACCGGACCUCCAGCUCAUGCCCAGAGCCAGAGGAGGGAAACGUUUCAGACUGAUGAAUGUAUUUAAAAGUUGGGAGUCAAGAUCUGCACGGCUCCCGAUUAUAAAUCUGCUUCCUUCAUGAGUCUGAACAUGAACUCUACAUCUGAGUCAACUGUUUUCCACAGAGCAGCACUAUGCUGUUAAAACGAUCAUCCAGUGUAUAUCUCUGUGUUAAUUUUGAAAACCUUCAUACAGGAAAGAUGGUACAUAGAAAUGUUAUUUGAGGGGUCCAUUUUCGUAUGCUUUUUAUAAUAAUAAUAAUAAUAAUAAUAAUAAUAAUACACAUAUACAACAGCAAUACAGACAGCAAAUUAAGAAUAAAACAUCCAAUGCAAUAUAAAUAAAAGCAGAUUAUAGAAAUGAGAUUUUAAAAAAGAGACACGAGUCUGGAUUUGAAGCAUGUCAGAGAGUCUGUUUCCAAUGUCAGAUGGGAAAAUGUUCUAAAGAAUGUAAUUCCCUUCUUGUGCUGAUAAUCAACUGCACCACAGACACCAAAGAGGUGGACAGACACAGCUUGCUGUGUGCUCCAUGUUUCUGUAGAUUUAAUCCGGUUUCCAGUUUUUAUUUUUAAUGUCGCAGCACCUGACAAAUGAAUAACUCAAUGAUGCACUUUUUGUAUUUUUUCUGUGUUUACCAAAAUCAGCUGAAUGCUUUUAUUUUCAUAAUAUGAAAACUUUUCAUCAGUAUUUCUGGAGUUUUGUACAGAAAACCUUGUUUUAGGUGUUUAGCAUCAAUGAAGGAAUGGUUUUAGCGGGUCAAAAUGUAUUUAUUGGGUACAGUGUAAUGUUUUUUAUGUUUUUUUUUUUAAUAUGAAUUUAAUAAGGAAUACAAUCCAAAAAGGAAACUUGUUCUCUUGUUGAUUUCUCAAAGUUUGACUGAUUAAAUUGUUCAGAAGCUUAGACUUCAAUAUUAAAAAAUCUUGCAGUUUUAAGCAACUUAA